UUAACAGCGAACGUAUUCAGAAAAUGGCGCUACAUUGUUCGAUGGCGCUACCCCGGAGUUCGUAUAAUUUAACGCGUUUUAUUUGUCAUUGAUUAUUAAUUUUCAUGGCUGGAAAAGGGUCAAAAGGAUUCGCUUUGUUUCAAAUCAAUAGUCAGGAUGUGUGGGAUGCAGAUGAUCGUGAAUAUCUGAACAUAAUAUCACCCAAAGUUGUACAAAAGACAGCACAAAAGGUUCUGGAUAUGCAUAGACAAGAGUCGGCUAUCGCUAAAGGGCAGGAUGACAGAGACAGAAAUAUUGAAUCUCUGGAUGUUAAAGAUUCACUCGUACUGCCAUAUGACAAACCCCCGAAACAUGCUCCUGGUAUGGGUGUAAGAUUGAGAGCAAGUCCUGAUGAUUUCCCUGUUGCGCAUCGAAAGCUGUUAGAUCAAGGUCGGACCCAACGUUUCAAUACGUGUAUCAACUCAAGUAUAACAGAUUUAGUUGUAUUGCGUCAAUUGUCUUGGUCUGGAAUUCCAGGAGAACUUCGACCAACAGUAUGGAAAUUGUUAUGUGAUUAUCUUCCAACUAGUCCUGAAAGACGUGUCACUGUACUAGCGGAUAAACGUAAACAAUAUACACUUUUUGUUAGUCAGUAUUUUCAUUUACGUGAAAAUGCUAAACAUAAACCGAUGUUUCAUCAAAUUCAAAAAGAUUUAAACAGAAUGACAUUACUUUAUCGAAGGCCUGAAAUGGUUGCUAUGUUUGAACGUAUUCUAUUUGUCUGGUCUAUGCGACAUCCAGGAAUUGGUUAUGUACAAGGUAUAAAUGAUUUGUUAACUCCAUUCUUCAUUGUAUUUUUAUCAGAAUACACACAUGUUGAUUUAGUACUUAGCUCGACCGAUGGAAAAUCAUCAGAUUUAAAUACAUCAGGUGAAUUAAGUCUACAUUCAGAUAUUACUUGUGAACAAUUGAAUUCAGUUGAGGCUGAUGUAUUUUGGUGUACAUCACAUCUAUUGGAUACAAUACAAGAUAAUUAUACAUUUGCUCAACCUGGCCUACAAAAUAAUAUAAAGAUGUUGGCUAGUUUAAUUGAACGUAUCGAUACUAAAUUAUAUCAACAUUUUGUACAAAAUGAUGUUGAAUUUUUACAAUUUGCUUUUCGAUGGAUGAAUAAUUUAUUAAUACGUGAAUUACCAUUACGAUGUAUUAUACGUUUAUGGGAUACUUAUAUGUCAGAAAAUAGUGGAUUUUCAAAUUUUCACGUUUAUGUCUGUGCAGCCUUCUUAUUACAAUUCUCCAAUGAUCUUUGCCGUGAACAAGAUUUUCAAGGUAUUAUGUUAUUAUUACAACAUUUACCAACAUUUCAUUGGACUGAUGAAAAUAUUAAAUUAGUAUUAGCUGAAGCGUUUCGUCUACAUUCAUUAUUUAAUUCAGCUAUGCAUCAUUUAGAUUUUCGACGUCAUUCAGAUUUGGAUUAAAAAUCAACCAAUACUCCAGUUGUUGUACUUUAUCUCAUCUUCUGUCUCUCUCUCUCUCUGUGUGUGUUUAUCUGGUUGUGUACAGAUAAGUAUUAUCAAUUCUUUGAAGACAAAUACACAAGUACUUGUAUGUAUUGUAAAAUAAAGGGAAGAAAAGUCUUUCUUACGUCCUCCUCGCUUUUUUAAAAUAGUCGUUUAACAACUCCUACUGUUACACUUUAUUUCCCAUCAACUAUUCAACUACUUUUUCAGUGUAAUAGUAAUAGUAGUAGUAGUAGUAGUAGUCAUAUAUAAUCUCCAAAUAAACUUCUUCCAUCUACUUCUACUACACAUCGGUUAUCUCUUAUUGUUUAUUAAAUAAUUUAGUUUGAUUUUUGUAUGUAGUAAAGUAUUAUUUUUUUCCUUUCUUAUAUGCUUACAAUGAUAAUUGAACCUCAUGUGCUGUUGUUUACUCCUACUUAUCGACGAUGACAGUAUAUUCAACUUGUAUUCAGUGUUAUAUAUAGAUAUGGAUAGUUUGUUUAUUCCUUCGUAUAAUCUUCAGUUGUAUCUCCACGAAAAUACAAUUUAUCUCCUAACAAUACUAUAUUACAGCUAUUAAUAUUAUUGAUACUGCUAUUUUGCUAACUUACAUUCUCAAUAUUUAUGGGAAUAGAUGUUUUGCUUUCCCAUUGAAAGAUAUCUUACAUGUAAAGUUGUCAAGGGAAUGUUAACACAACUAAAAGUUUUAAUGUGUCUUUCAACUUUCUAUUAUGCGCAUGAUAACAUACGUGAUCUUCCUUGUGUUGUUAUAAUGUGCCUCUGUAUUUAUGAAUAUAUAUAUAUAUAUAUAU